GGUCCUUCCCUGCCCAUUUGAUGAUCUGCCUGCAUCGUGCUCAACAUUGUUGAAUGGACAAUCCUUGGACAAAUGCUUGGGGAGACGAUACACGACCUCACCAUUCCCCAUCACCUCCUACACGGUGGUCUGUUCCUGCCACUUCGGACAGUGACCAUGAAGAAGCCGAUAUUGGUAUUCCUUCCUGGUCAUCCACUACCCUCCAGUGGAAUGAGCCGACGGAUAUACAUACCUCAUUGUGGGGGGAGAAGUUGAAGAGCAAGUUUUCGUUGGCCAACGCUGACCAUAAGCAAAUGGAAUCGACAGCCGAGCCGGACGUGACGUUGGAGGAGAAUGUUCCUUCAUCACCUGGGUCACCUCAUGACUCUCCUGUUGCGUCGCCAGAGGUAGAAACCAGCGUUUUUAAUCCUCCGUCACUCAUACUGCCAUCUUUUCGCGGCGAGAGUACUGAGGACUUCCGGCCAGAAUCACGACCCAGAAGCCCAGAUGCAUUUGGCAGUUUUGAGACUGGUCUUCGCAUGGGUAACACAGAGGCGAACCUCUGGACACCAUCCAAGCCAUCCUUUCCCGACCUAUCUGAUCCAGCUUCAAGUUCUUGGGAGGCCGACUGGACCCCCGCGGAUGUGGGUUCCGAAACAGAGCUUUUCGAUGAAUGGGACAUUGCAAAGCGGGAGAAAGCAAGGCGAGAUUCUCAUGUUCCUCCAGAAUUGCUGGCCUCCGUUGUACAGCGAUUCGAGCAAUUGUCUCAUGAUCUAUGGCCUGAUCAGUCGGACGACAAGGACGAAGCCAAUCUUCAGUCUAUUGAGGAUAUGCAGGACCUUUCUUCCGCUAUUCAGAAAAUUGUGCCCGACAACCUCACCAUUCCGCCCCAUGCCGACUUCUCAAGGACGUUCAUAUCCAAGAGAACGGCAGAAACCUUGAAGUUCACUAGACAUGUCCCCAUGGUAAGGAUUAGUCCUCUGGCCCGUUACGUGGCGUCAAAGGGUUCCACAGCCUGGGAGGCUUCUGUGAAGGCCCAGCCUGAAUUGUCACAAGAUGAUUUUGUUCCCGCGGGGUGGCGAUUGAUACCGAAGGAAAAGGAUGUUGCUCCGUCUGUGAUGGACACAAAGCAGAAAUCAGCAGGAGGUUUAUUAUCCUUUUUCGGUCGUCGAUCUAUGACCCCACCCGUUACGGACAGGCCAGUUUCUCCAGUGGCCAAGGCCAAUACGGGCGCGUCUGUAUCUCCUAGGACCAGUAUUGAUACGCACAGGAGAUCUUUUUCCUCUUCGUCACCCGUAAUUUCAUCACCUUUAUCGCCAGCCCCAUCUGCAAGCCCUUCAAGUUCUUUGCCGCCACCGCCUGAUCGCGCAGCUACACCACCUCCUUCAGCUGUUUCCCGAUUCUUAACUCGCUUUUCCAGAACCAAGCCCACAAUAAGCCCUCGGAAUUCCAUUGCGUUAUCAUCAGAUGAUCUAGAAUUCUUGUCUGACAUUGUUCCUAGUGUGAGUGACGAUGUAGAUCCUCCAGCACCUUUAAGCAUGGUUGAGUCUCCCCCCCUACCUGAGAAACUUCCACCUCCGCUGGCUCCACCAUCAAAGAGUCGCCUAGCUAACGGUGUCCCAAAGUCAAACACCAUCCUCCCAGAUGGCUCACUGGGUAUAUUACCUCUAUCUUAUCCUUCUCAGCCUCUCCAGUCAUCUUUACAGGCAUCCUCCUUAAUGGACACCAUGAUACUCGUACCCUCAGCGCCGGAAACGGUGAAGAGCUCACGAUUUGUGCCUUCUCGAAACACGACACCUGUUACCAAGCCAAUGCCUUCGCCGACUUUGUGCAGUACCCCGAGCCCAUUUCAACUCUCCAAACGAAUACCUACAGCCAUCAUGUCUUCCAAUCCCAUCAUGCAAUCCGCAGUCCCGCCAUUCUCCUUUACUCUUCCACCGCCUUCUACUUCCCGUCAGCAGACGCCAGUCCCUAGCCCACCAUCAACCGCUCCAGCAGUUUGUUUACACAGUCCAGUGCCUCAAAAUGCUACGGCACAAUUGUCGCUGUUUGACGAAGAAUUUUCUGACUUCCAUACGAUCCCAGCACUUGGCGAUGGAGCUUCAUCGUCCGCGCAUGCUGACGCAAGCUUUUCCUCUUUCUCGUCAGAGCAAAGCCUCUUCUCUUCCGCAAGUAGCAACGGUCCGCAUAACGCGGACGGUUUUGAUGAUUUUGAUGAUUUCGUGCAACCCCCGUUACGUACCCCAUCUCCGCCCGCCGUGCCAGAGAAAACUUCGAGCGCUCGACCUCCCAAAAUCAUGCUGGCCUCGAGCUUACCUAUCAGGUCUCCAACCAGAUCACCUGCACAGCUUCCUCCUCAGAAACGAAAGGUCAAUCGGUCAGAGCAUCAGCGAACGCUCAGUUUGAUGGAGAGUGCUGCUGCUCAUGGGAAGUGGCCUGCACCACCCUCUCCCAUUCCUCCCCCCCUGGAGCCUCCGCCUGGCGGUGUGAAAAAGGCAGUUCAGCUGGAUAUCUUCGGUGGGGACGAGAGUAUAUCAUUGCCGAUGCAACAAGCGCAGAUAAAUGCUAUUGGUACGCUGACCGUAUCACAAUCGUCUCCUGAGAUACUUGCGCCGAUGCAGCCUGCAUCAGCACCUCUGUUGCGGCCGCCACAAAAUCAUGUUCACACACCGACGUCAAAUAACGCAGUCUCAAUGAAGACGGGGGGGUUGUCGGCUCAAGAGUUAUCAUUUUUCGAAGGGGUGUAGCUUCCAUUGAUUGUAUCGCAAGGCUUUUGGACAUACUUCACCGUGUUCGUUAUUGGCGUGCUUCACUGUGUGAAUAGAAUCCAUUCAAGUCAGAAGCAUAAGCUAAUAUCAUCGUCAUAUUGAUUAAACAAACUAAAUUUCUCCUGUCAUGUUGCUCAUACGGCCGCCUCCAAAUCGUCGUCUUUUGCCUCUUCCAUUCUAACCCAC